UAACUGGCUGGCUUCAGUUCACUGUCUUCUACUGAUACUAAUUCAGUUCACACCUAAUAUUUGAACGAAUUAGCCCGGUUUACACAAUACUCGCUUUUGCCGCCAAAAAUACGCGUUGUGAUUUCAGUGUGGGUUUAAUGAUGUAAAAAGUUCCUUCUCACAAAUAUUGUUGCUAGGUUUUAUAGUAAAUAUGGAAAGAAAAAGCCAGUGCUUCUGUAAUUCCUAGUGGACAGUGACCGCACGCUCGUCUGUUUCUUAUUCCUUCAAGACAUCGCUUCAGUCUCACCUCAUCGCAUUUUUGAGACAGCUUCUAACAAACAGUGAUCGCAAUGUUUCGACCAACUCUCUUGCGCGGUGUUAGCGUGGACUCAGCCGAAUCUUCCUACGACUUCGACAGGAGUCGGCGCGCGUCGCUCAGCGCCGAGCAGCGCCGGAAACUGAGCAUGCUCAGAACCUCCAGCAUCCCAAGCCCGCUGUCACCGGUGAGCCACAUUUAUCACUUGGUAGUCUGCCCCAGAAAAUGCUGUAAUCAGAAGUAUGCCGUUAGCACAGACCGGAGCGGCGAUAUCCACGUGCACGUCCAGGGCGACCUCAGUCAACAGGACAAGAGAUGCGUAUUCCUUACCGUCCACGAUCUGGGGACUAAUCAUACUUCCAUGGUGGACUUCGUGAACAGUCCAGCGAUGUCGGAGAUCAAGGAGAGGUCCUGCUUCAUCCACGUCGACGUUCCCGGUCACGAAGAGAACUCACCAGACUUGCCUGAGUCGUAUCCGUUUCCUUCCCUCCAAACACUGGGUGAAGAUUUGAUCACAGUAUUGGAUUUUCUUCACGUGCGAUACGCCGUGGGGCUCGGCGAGGGUGCUGGAGCCAACGUGCUGGCUCGAUGUGGACUGGCUCAUCCCCGGCGCCUCCUCGGCCUCAUUCUCGUCAACUGCACAGGGUCUACCUCAUCCGUGGCGGAUGCAUUUCGCACGAGGUUCUCCCGUUGGAGGGGCACCGAUAUCUCACAGUCGGAAGAAGACUUCCUCAUUUAUCACAAGUUUGGACAUCAAAUAUCAAGUGAUUCAUGCGAGGCGGCGGAUCGGGAUCGAAUGCUGACGGAAUAUCGCUCGAGACUGCGGGGAAACCUGAACACGCAUAACAUCAAGCAAUACGUCCGAGCCUUUAUCAACCGUAAGGAUUUGAUACUGCGAGGAUGUCGCCCCGAUAUCCUCCUGAUUACGGGCAUGCGCAGUCCGUACUCAGGUGUAGUGGAGAAGAUGUACAAAGAACUUGAUAAAGAGAGGGUGACCAUAUUGAAGAUAGAAAAAGUUGGCGACGUCUUGGCUGAAGCGCCGGCGAAAGUGGCGCAGUCUGUGUUGCUGUUCUGCCAGGGUCAAGGUCUGCUCACAUCGCUGCCACCACCUGGCGUGGAGCGACGGAUGUCGAGAGGCAUGUCGAUGGAGGAGUACGACAGGCCCAACAUCAGGCGACUUUCACUCACGCCGAGCGUGUCAGAAUCUCCGCCGCAAAGAAAAUUGUAGAUCUGAAGAACACAGAGGAUAGCUGUAAACCUAAUAAGUAGUACAGUGUGGACUUUAAUAUAUACUACACAACAUGUUUAUAAUAACCAAAUAAAGUUGGGCUCUUCAGAGUGUGAGUGAGAGAUUUUAAAUUAAAUACAAUCAGUUUACGUUUGCACUGCAGAACAACAGAAUUAAUUAAUUAAUUAGAAUAUUUAUGACAAGUUAAGCAUUUCAAAAUCCAGCCCAAAAUCAUGGCUGUAUUUGGGGGAUAAUAUUUUUGGAGUUUACUCCUUAAGAAUCGAUUUUCAUAUAAGGCGCCCGGUAUGAGAAAAAUGUGGAGAGUGAAAUCUGCUCAUCAAUAUUUGAUAGUAACGUUUUUCUCAUUUAAAUAAAAACAAACCUUGUUUGCUUACAAAUAAGGCAACAAUUAGCAUUGUAUUUUCCUGUCGGCCACCUAGCGUUACUUUUGAAAAUUAUUUUAUUUUGCAAUAAGAAGUGUUGUGACUAGUGAAAGUUAGUUUCCUAAACUUUAUUUGGAUGGCGUUGAACCCAGACAGACACCCCUUAUCUUAGUUCAAAUUAAAAACAAAUAAUACAAGAUUAAACGUCAUCUAGUGUCACUUUUAUAAACUAUUUCGUAUUUCCAAAUCGAACACAAGUAAACAUCUAUCAAGUAAUACGACAACAUAACAGUUUUGGAUAUAAGGCGCUGAUCACAGAUUUUAAUAAUUAGGUAGCUGACGCUUUUAUUAGCUUCUGCUGUAUGUCUGUUUCUAACCGAGUCCAUUGGACUUGAUUUUGUUUAGUACCUGUUCAAAGACAAUCGUUAUUGAGGAGUAAACUCCAGUUGUGCGUCGGGGCUGACACACACGCUUUUUUUUCAUAAAUGUAUUAAGUGACUGAUAUACCUAGUACACUAGCUUAUAUUGGUUAUUAUAUUUAUUUUAAAAUAACGGUGUAAACGAUAUUUAUUAAAAUAUCUGAGUAUAAAUAUGUAAAAUUGUUUUUAUAUUUAUAAUUUUGUUGAGUUUCCGAUAUUGUUGAUUUAAAAAUAUUGCAGAAUUUUUUGUUUGUCGAACAACAUCGGAUAAUUUGUAUUAGGUUAUUAUUUUUGUGAAUGUGCCUUACAAUUGAGGGUAAACCAAAGAUAUUAUAUUUUUUCAGGAUUUUAUCACCUAUUUUAUAAAAAUGGUUAGAAAUUAUAUAAUCUUACAGUAAUGUCUAAAAAUAAGUAAUCUUAUUGAAAAAUGAUUUAUAUACCACAUACAUUUACGAAAUUUUUAUUGAUGCUUAAGAUUUAUUGGAAAGCCGAAGAAUUUGCAUUGUUAAGUUAUGGGAAAAUGUAAUAAUUGAUUGCAAUCUUUCAUUUGAUUUACGGCCGUUCCCAAUAUACUAUCUACAGAUAGAGAUAAAUUACUACCUUUUACUGUCAGUAAUUUGCUGUCAAUAAUCUGAAGCUGUCCCAAUAUACCCGAUUAUCGCCUUAUAUGGGGACGCGUGAAUUGCAAUUUCGAUACAAACUUUAUAUCGCUGGUAAGCUAUACGUCGUCCCAUUGACAGACAGCGUGCACGGAUAGGGUGAGCUACCGUCGAUUCGUUUAUUGGGACAGAAAAUCAACGAUAGUUUCGAUUUUAUCUUAAGUAAGAGAUAGACUGAAUAUUGGGAACGGCCGUUAGAGUGCUUUAGAGUCCAAAUCACUCUGUCAUUUGGAUUCGAGGUCGAGUUUACAAACCGGACUUUAAAAUGAAAGCAGAAUUCUUAUGAAGAACACAACGGUUAUCCAUCUACAAGAACUUACUCUAUAAAUUAAAAUACCAGCUUUGAGAAGAAGAGAGAAGAAAAUUCCCAACAUACUGCUGACUAGACACCAUUUUGGUUAUUUAAUGUCCAUAUUGUUAUUAGUUAUAAUAUUUCUGUUAACUUUUUGAACCAAAUAAACCUUUUUUUUCCCAAUCUUUCGUCCCUUCUGUUUUUCGUUAAGUAAUAUAAAUGAUUUGUCAAUAAGUUCUUAUAAAAAUAAGUUAUGAUACCAUUGUGCAAAAAUGCAGACAACGUUUAAUAAAAAGAAUUAAAUAAUAA